AUGGGUCAGGGCCGUCCAGCUGAGAAGACACAUAUAACAGGAGUCUGCACGAUAUUCGCAGAUGGCUCUACAAUGAGGCCUUUAUUCAUCAUGCCAAGGAAAAAGAAGCUGGAUGAAGAACAAGAAGGCAUUGACGCCUUUUUCUCGAUGACAGAACCUGGUUGGAUGAAUAAGAAUACAUUUAUUGUAUAUUGUAUACUUUUCAUUACCGAGAUUCAGUCAAGGAGGGUCCAGAUGAGCGAUUGUGAUGUCAAUGUCCCUUUCCUUCUGAUCGUUGAUGGACAUUCUUCACAUUUGUCGUAUCUGGCCCUCCGUCGCCUAGGAUGA